UUUGCACUUAGCUGUGCUGUAAAACGCCAUUAUAUGCAAGAGUAAAGUUUUAGCAAUAUGCUAAACGUAUAUAAGCCGGCAACAAUUUGAGUAUAUACAACAAAUAGUUGAUAUUAGAUGCAAUAUAAUGUCUGAAGAGGCACCCAGUACCUCUAGCUUUGGCUUUAAGAAGCGAUAUGUUAAUAGAAGCGCCGGCAUGCGCCGAAAGAAAAUCAGCAGCAGCAGCAACGAUUCAGCAAAGAAUAGCGACGAGGAGUCACAAAGUAAAGUCAGUGCCUUAGUUCGAGCGGAAAAUCGUCGAAAACGUACAAAUCCUAACUUUCAGAGCACCAAGACACUAGCCAAACGAAGAACGGAUGCGGGCGGUGCUGGAAAUUUAUCUGACAGUGAUACAGACUCUGCGGGCGAUGCCAAUGAAGUGCUGGUUGCAUAUAAAUCGAAACGCGAAGGUAUUCCCAAUGGACCGCAAGAUCAGGGCGCAACUUCCAUAAACGAAGUAGACACGGAGCUGGACCGUGAUGCCCAGGCAAUCCACGCACGAUCUGUCAAAAUUAAUGAAGAACUUGAAGGAAAGGCGGACGAUAAGAUAUACCGUGGUCUCAAUAAUUAUGCGCAAUACUACAAGAAGAAGGACACGGCUGCUGGCAACGCCAGUUCCGGCAUGGUACGAAGUGGACCCAUACGAGCACCAGCCCACCUGCGUGCCACUGUUCGUUGGGACUAUCAGCCCGACAUAUGCAAGGAUUACAAGGAGACGGGCUACUGUGGAUUUGGCGACAGCUGCAAGUUUUUGCAUGAUCGCAGCGACUACAAAGCCGGCUGGCAGCUCGAAAUGGAUCACGAGGCGCAAAAGAAGGGCGAAUGUGAUUCGGAUGGGGAUGAUACUAAAUACGAGAUCCAUUCGGAUGAGGAGUCCUUGCCAUUCAGAUGUUACAUAUGCCGAAAAAGCUUUGUCAAUCCUGUAGUUACCAAGUGCAAGCAUUACUUUUGUGAGAAAUGUGCUUUGGCUCAGUACAAAAAGUCGCAGCGCUGCAUCAUUUGCUCACAGCAAACCAAUGGCAUUUUUAAUCCUGCCAAGGAGCUGAUAGCUCGUCUCAAAACUGAACCCAUGGAGGAGCUCGAAGGUGAUGAUGAAGAUAUCGACAACAGUCAUCAUGACAAUAAUAGAGCGCAGGAGGUGAAUGUAUCCUCCAGUAGCGAUAGUGACUCAUAAGGUUGUUUUUAAAAGUUGUUAAAUUCAAGUUGUGUAAA